AUGUUUCCUCAUCUAUUCCCGUUUGGACGCGGUCAUCCUGGUGACGAACGGCCGAUCUUUGUUUCCCAAGAUGCGUGCAUGAAGUAUUAUAGUAUGCAUAGUUCUAGACGCUUUGCAGAAGAUGAAACCUUCCUGUUAGUUGCGUUUGAUCGGUUAUCUACGCAGCGGAUGUUCAUGCAGAUUUCGCUAACGUGUCAACGACAUCCCGAG